AUGGAUGUGUGCAGAGUUGAAAACUUUGGAGAACAAAUGUCAAAAGAUGGGAAGACUCUAACGCAAGCGGAACUCGCCGCGAUGAUUGAUAAGGGUCUCGGCACGCUUCUCAAAAACGACGAGAUCGACGCGAAAAAGAAGUCCGGCGAUUUGCCGGAAAACUUUCAGCUGCAAGACGGCUUCGGCGUCUAUCGUGUCGAGGUCGGCGGCAACGAGUACCUGCUGGUCACGAACAUCCUCUGCGAUAAAUGCACGAGGACGAACGGAAAGGUCAAACGAUGCGCGGCGCAUAAGAAGAAGCGGAAGCGAUCGAAGAAGGCGUCGAAGGACGGAGAAGUCCAAGAUGACGCUUCGGAUCGCGAAAAGGUUGGAGCCCUUCGGCAUAUUGAAGACGACGAAGACGAGGAAGAGAAGAUCGAUGGAGCUUAUACGCCCGAUUGUGUGAUGACGCCGGGUGUCGGCGGUGCACCGGUGAUCGUCAACGUCAAUCCGAAGAACAACGACAAGGCGGGACCGAAGGCGAAAAAGCUGAAUCACGUCAAAGGCAUUCUCGUUCGCGGCCCGGGAAACAUUCCACAAUUUAUUCCGAAUGAUCGUCUCACCAAAAGUCACAAAUUGCGAUUCGAUAAUUAUAUCGAAGGAGAAUUGGUGCUUGUGAAUGAUAAAGAAGUAUUUGUGCCGAAUAAUAUGGGAGCCGCGAAGAUGGAUGGCAAAAAUACGACAUCGGUUGCGAAAAGCAAUAUCUCCGAUGUGGUAGAUCAAAAGAUCCUCGAGAAAGUUGGAACCAAAGAUAUGGUUGUCGUUGUUCAAGCGGAUGUUGCUGACAACGGAUUGCCAGUGUUCAAAGUGAACAAUCAGCAGCCAAAGGAUCGAGAAACGGCCGCUGGAAUUAUAAUCAAAGUCGACGACGAGAUCCAAUUUGUUCAAGUGGCCGGAAAAGAUCUUGGUGGCGGAAAAGAUGCCGGCGUGUUGCCGACGACGCCGCCAGAGAACGCCAAGGCCGGUGACGUUGUCGCCGAUAUUUUCGUUAACAACGAGGGCAAAGCGACGGCUGCGAAGCCCGGCGAAACUCCGAAAGACGCGAAGAUUCUUGGAAAGGUAGUCAUCGGCAACAAUCGCGAGAUGGUGUUCGUCGCGAACGGCGAGAACCAGAAUGAAGCGCUCAAGAAGACGACGAUGACGCCGGCGACGACCGAGGCUCUUGAGAAGGCUCAGGUGCAAGCGCAGGCCAAAGUCACUGGACAAGCGGCGCAGCAUAUUGAAGAGCAGGUCGCCAAAGUUGGUGGCGGCAACGAGCCGGCCGGCUCGACUAGUGGAGCUCCUGGUGAGAAGCCUGAAAUCAGAUCGGUCGGAUUCGGAGCUCCGCAAUUUGGAGGAAGCCAAUUCGCUUCGGCGCAACCGAAGGGUGGCGGUGGAGCGGGAAAAGCUGGAGGAUCCGAUCCUCAAUACGGAGGAGCUUAUGGUGGAAAUGAGGUGAAAUCGGUCGGAUUUGGAGCUCAACAGUUUGGAGGAAGCGUUUUUGCGCGUUCGAUUGCCGGAGGAGGUGGUGGAGGUUAUAAGUCAUCUGGAGGAGGAGGAGGAGGAGGAAGCAGCGGUGGCGGCGGAGGAAACAGCGGAUAUGGUGGAGCUGGAGGAGGUGGCAAUGAGGUGAAGUCAGUUGGAUUCGGAGCACCGCAAUAUGGUGGAAGUGUGUUCGCCCGUCCGAUUGCAGGCAGUGGCGGUGGCGGUGGCGCGAAAUCUGGAGGAGCAUCUGGAGGCGGAGGAGGCGGAGGUGCAAGAGGAAGCUCUGGAGCAAGCGGUUACGGCGCAGUCGGCGGCGGCGGCGGCGGCAACGAAGUGAAAUCAGUGGGAUUCGGUGCACCGCAGUAUGGUGGAAGUGUGUUCGCCCGUCCGAUUGCCGGAAGCGGCGGAGGGGGCGGCGGCGGAAGCCGUGUUGGCGGAUCGGCCAGCAAGACGGCUGGCAUGGGAGGUGGCGGCGGCGGCGGCGGAGCUCAAGGCAGCGGCUACGGAGCAUAUCCUGGUGGAGGAGGAGGAAAUGAGGUGAAAUCGGUGGCAUUUGGUAACCCACAAGCCGGAGCAAGUGUGUUCGCUCGUCCGAUCGCUGGAGGCGGCGGAGGGGGCGGCGGCGGAAGCCGUGUUGGCGGAUCGGCCAGCAAGACGGCUGGCAUGGGAGGUGGCGGCGGCGGCGGCGGAGCUCAAGGCAGCGGCUACGGAGCAUAUCCUGGUGGAGGAGGAGGAAAUGAGGUGAAAUCGGUGGCAUUUGGUAACCCACAAGCCGGAGCAAGUGUGUUCGCUCGUCCGAUCGCUGGAGGCGGCGGCGGCGGCGCAAAAGCUGGAGCGUCUACUAGCAAAACGGGGAUUCAACGCGGCCCUGGUGGUGAAGUGAAAUCCGCCUACAUGAAAUAA